AUGCCCAGCGCAACCGGCUCCAGUUGGGAGAAGUACCAAAAGAACUUCGCCGAUGAUGAAGAGCCUGAGAAGAAGAUUACACCUCUAACAGACGAAGACAUCCAAGUCCUAAAAACCUAUGGCGCUGCUCCAUAUGCUGCCGCCCUCAAGAAGCUCGAGAAACAAAUCAAAGAGAAGCAACAGAGUGUGAACGAGAAGAUUGGGGUCAAGGAAUCCGACACCGGUCUUGCUCCUCCUCAUCUUUGGGAUGUCGCUGCCGAUAGACAACGAAUGUCCGAAGAACAGCCACUACAAGUCGCCCGCUGCACGAAAAUCAUUCAGGACGAGAAGGACAGUGAGAAAAGUAAAUAUGUCAUCAACGUUAAGCAGAUUGCCAAAUUCGUUGUGAACCUAGGCGAGCGGGUCAGCCCUACCGAUAUCGAAGAAGGCAUGCGCGUUGGUGUCGAUCGACAAAAGUACUCCAUAAUGCUUCCCCUGCCGCCUAAGAUCGACCCCAGUGUUACCAUGAUGACAGUCGAAGACAAACCUGAUGUCACCUACGGUGAUGUGGGUGGCUGCAAGGAACAGAUUGAGAAACUCCGAGAAGUGGUCGAAAUGCCUCUACUGUCUCCCGAACGCUUUGUCAGCCUCGGAAUUGAUCCCCCCAAGGGCGCUCUACUAUACGGUCCACCAGGAACAGGCAAGACACUAUGUGCAAGAGCUGUUGCCAAUCGAACAGAUGCCACAUUCAUCCGAGUUAUCGGGUCCGAAUUGGUUCAGAAGUACGUGGGCGAGGGAGCAAGAAUGGUGAGAGAACUGUUCGAAAUGGCUCGCACCAAGAAAGCAUGCAUUAUAUUCUUCGAUGAGAUCGACGCUAUUGGUGGAGCUCGAUUCGAUGAUGGCGCCGGUGGAGACAAUGAGGUCCAGAGAACUAUGCUGGAGUUGAUUACACAAUUAGACGGGUUCGACUCGAGAGGAAAUAUCAAGGUCAUGUUCGCGACCAACCGACCGUCAACCCUGGAUCCUGCUCUGAUGCGACCUGGUCGUAUUGAUCGAAAGAUUGAGUUUUCACUACCUGAUCUGGACGGUCGAGCUAAUAUUCUUCGCAUUCACGCAAAGAGUAUGAGUGUGGAGCGUGACAUCAGAUGGGAACUUAUCUCCCGACUAUGUCCCAACGCCACAGGUGCAGAACUAAGAAGUGUUGCGACCGAGGCUGGCAUGUUUGCGAUCCGUGCGCGGAGGAAGGUGGCAACUGAAAAGGAUUUCCUUGCCGCGGUGGACAAAGUGAUCAAGGGCAAUCUCAAGUUCAAUUCGACUGCCACAUACAUGCAAUACAAUUAG